AUGUAUUCUGGAUGUACUUUCCACAUAUGUCCCAAUCGGGACUGGUUUUCUAACUUUGAGAAGUUAGAUAGUGGAACAAUUCUUAUGGGUAAUAACACUGCCUGUAAGACAAUAGGAAUUGGAAGCAUCCAAUUAAAGCUGGAUGAUGGAACAGUUCGAGCCUUGAAAGAAGUACGGUAUGUACCAGAAUUAAAGAAGAAUCUUAUCUCGUUGAGCACUUUAGCAUCCAAAGGUUUCAAGAUUACCUUGGAAGGUGGAGCACUCGAAGUAGUAUCGAGAACUCAGGUAAUAAUGAAAGGAAGCAAAAAGAAGAAUUUGUACUUCUUGCAAGGGAGUACAGUUAUAAGUGAAGUAGCCACCAACAAUAGAAAGAAUGAAGAAAUUGACAAAGUCGACACAGAUUGCACAAAGACUAAAGUCAAGUUCGAGACUGCAAAACAUUGUAUGGAAGAAAAGAUGGACUAUGUGCAUAUCAAUGCAUGGAGGCCUUCCAGAGUUGCAUCGAAAGAAGGCAAGCAAUUUUGGGCUGAAGCUCUGACAUAUAGCGGCCACAUUAUUAACUGUCUGUCGACUGCUGAAAAUGAAGGAUUUGGAGUAUGGUUCGGUAUUCAUGCCAAUGACUAUGAUCAAUUGCAUGUAUUUGGUAGUUCGGCUUACUACCAUGUGCAGAGAAGUAAGCUUGAUCCUAAAGCCAAGAAAAGGGUAUUCUUGGGCUUUAGUUGUGAAGCAAAAAGGUACAGGCUUUGGUGCCCUGAAUCAAAGAAGGUCAUAGUUAGCCGAGAUGUCACAUUUAAUGAGUCUAAAAUGGUUAAGCAACUCAAGCCUGAAGACUCUAGUGAACAGAACAAAGCCAUUGGAACGCAGCAGGUGGAGUUUAAUGCACCAGUAGUGUCAUGA